CGACACGCCUAGGCCCUUGAUAAGAUCCACGGGCCAGGUCCUUGAUAAGAUUGAGAUCCACGCUCCAGUCGCUGGGAUCCAUCAAGGAAAAGGAAUUUUCAAGAAGAAUCCAUCAAGAAACAGGAAAAAAUGACUUAUAAUUGAUUCCGUCAGCAAAGGGGCUUCCUAAACCCUAAACGCUUUUCGUGCCGUCGGCUCCAGCGCUCCUGAGCGAAAGUUGGACAAUCUCUUCCGAUAUUUUCACUCGUCCCUCUCUGACAAAGACCUACCUUACGUCAGUGAGGAGUUGUCGCGCUCUACCGACUUCAUUACUAAGGCAGGCUACUUGGCAGGAGGAAUGGAGAACGGCGGACCGCUACUACAACCACCAGUGCUGGCCACUACAGUGAUAAAUUUACAAGAGCAUGUGGACACAACUUUGGCACUCCAAGAACCGAUCGCGGAUCCUACCGGUGCGUGAUUACCAGGCGCGCAGGGACAAGGCUGUGGCCUCAAAGGAGAAGCAGCUGCUUGCGCGGGCGGCUACGAUGGUCCCGGGUGUCGAGAACCGAUCGCUGGUGAGGAGAAGGAUGCGGCGUUGAGGCUUUAUGUAAGCCGGUUCGAGGUCAACAGCAUGCCAAAGGCGAUCAGCACCGGUGCAUCGUCGAACGUGAUAAAUUGAAGUCUUUUCGUCGAACAUGAUAAAUUUACAAGAGCAUGUGGACACUUUGCACGCUUCUGUGAAGGGAAUCGAACAAAGCGAGGAUGACGUGGAGGCCAUGUUGGUUCAUCUGCAGACGGACGUUCCGACGCGUCAAGCCUCGUCAGGGGAGACCAAGCGGAAGGACUUCAGGAAACCAGCAAAAAGUCUUGCGACAAAAAAUUGAAAUGCUUUCAGAGAAGAUCCGAGACGACACGAAAAUCCUAGUGGAUAGCUAUGCGAUUAACCUUUUAGCAGAGGACGGCACGACCCCGCCUCUGUUCCGCCAGCAAUUCGCGAAAGUUUCUCAAGGCGAGGUUGUUUCCACUACUAAAUUAGAUCCACGACUGCAGACCAUGAAGUGCAUGUGCAGGGUGGUGGAGGCCUCUGUGCAUGUGCAGGGAGGUGGAGGCCUCUCGUCUGAAGUCUGAAAAACGGCUGGAUUCAGUCUUCACUAAUAGUACAUGGAUUUGGAUAUUCGAC